AUGGGUCAUUGGAAAGAUUUCUUUCGUUCAGAUCGUGGUGCAGCUCGACACCGACUCGAGGUGGAACGUCGUCGACUUCUACCAGCCUAUGAUGGCGAACAACCUCACGCAUCUGAUGCCUCAAAGGAAAUUGCCAAAGUCGCUCUCAAGUUGAAGUAUCAGCUUGAGCUAGUUGUCUCCUGUGAAGUCCAGGAGACUGUCUUGACUGACCCGAACAGCCGCAUCAUUACUGACGACGUGGUUGCAACCGCCAGAAAUGCUGGUGGUGAAGAUUACAAGGCGUGUGUUGUCUAUUGUCUUCUAGUAUGCCUUAGAUGGUUUAAGCUCCAGUCCAGUGUCGAGCUUUGGGAUGCUGAUCUCCAUGACCUUCGGGCAGUGGCUUGCGAGGUAAUUGCCAAGCGCAUUAUUGAAACUGAGCAAAACCAAGACUACUUAUUCAGAGACAUUUUGCUGAAGCGGUACUCUAUCUACAGUGAGGGUGUUGAGACUGAUCCAGCCAAUGUCAUCGAACGCUCAGUCGACCUUCAUGCCUUGAGAAUCAUUAGUUCUUCUGGGUAUCAGAAGUGCAUUGACUACCUGUGGAGAGGCUGGAUCUGUCAAGAAGAGGGCAAUCCGACUAACUUCGUUGAUUACGAUGGAAAGUCGAACACCAGCUACUGGUCUCAUUUCCAUCCCGACAGAAUGAGGACACCGCUUUAUCAAAAUACAUGCCAAAUCAUGUUUUCCUUGAUAUACCUUGCCGUGUACACUGCGGUCAUCAACACUGUGAACCCGACUGGAGAUUUGGAUGUCGUUGAAGGAAUUCUCUACGGCAUGACACUUGCGUUCAUCUGUGACGAGGUUAUCAAGUUUUGGAAAGUUGGAUGGAACUAUCUCGAAUUUUGGAAUGCCUUCAACUCGACUCUUUAUACUAUUCUCGUUGUCUCCUUGGUAUUGCGCUUUGUUGCCCUCGCCCAUUCGUCGUCGACCCAGGAUGAGCAAAGACAGCUGUACAACCAGCUCAGCUACAACUUCCUUGCUUUUGCAGGUCCGAUGUUCUGGAUUCGCAUGAUGCUUUACCUGGACUCCUUCCGCUUUUUCGGUGCCAUGUUUGUCGUCCUUCGUGUCAUGAUGAAGGAGAGUUUGAUCUUCUUCGCGCUCCUAUUCGUCGUGAUGGCUGGGUUCUUCCAGGCUUUCAUUGGUAUGGCACAAGUGGAGCCGGAUGUCCCUAUUCACAGGAACAUUCUCCAGGGCAUGAUCAACAGUAUCAUGCAGAGCCCUGAAUUUGAUACUUUCCAGGAAUUUGCAUUCCCUUUCGGCAUCAUUCUCUAUUAUGUGUUCAACUUCAUUGUCAUGACUGUCCUCUUGAACAUUCUCAUCGCUUUGUACAACAGUGCAUAUGAGGAUAUUUCCGGCAAUGCUACUGACGAAUACAUGGCAAUUUUUGCACAGAAGACCAUGCAAUUUGUCCGCGCUCCAGACGAGAAUAUUCUGUGCCUGGUCGCUCCAUUCGAGUGGUGGCUGUCCCGGGAGGCAUACGCUAAGUUGAAUGACUUCGUUAUGGCCAUCAUCUAUUCCCCUCUUCUGUUUGUCACGUCGUGGAUUGAGACCCACCAGGCACAUCGGAUUCGCUGGAACCGCCGCCAUGGCGAAGAAGAUGAUGACUGUGCUCAGGAAUGGGAGCAUGUCGCCCAUGAGGUUGACUUUGAUCUUGAUGAUACUUGGAAAGAGCAGGUGGCCGAAACCACCCCAGAUAUCAAGAUUGACAGUUGUACAUAUGAAAUCCGUGAGCUGAAGGAGCAGGUCAGAGUGCUCACGGAGAUGCUAACAGGAUACAGGGCAAAACUCGUGGACGACCACCAGAUUCAACAUGCCUCGUUGCAUAACCCGCUCCCUUGGCAAUUGCAUACAUACAUCUGGCCUUUUCUGAUAAUUUGGCCCGCGUUCUUCGCCUUCUACCUCUCUCCCGAGCGUUAUGAUACAUAUAUUCAGGGACAGGAAUGGACCUUCGUCUGGGCGGGGUCUAUCAUUACCUUCCAGUCGCUCUUCUGGUUGAUGACCAAGUGGAACAUUGACAUCAACACGCUCUUUACCACCACCCGGGCCAGCUCAAUUGACACCGCGAAGCUCAUCAAAGUGGUUCCCAUCACCAAUGCCGGCUCCGCCGAGAUCUGUACCCUGCUUAACGAGAACGCCGGCCCUAAGAAGACCCUUUCCUUCCUCUUCCAGAAGCGCCGCUUCUUGUUCUACCCGGAGACUCGCACAUUCGCACCCCUGUCCUACGUCCUCGAUGCCGAGCCCAAGCCGGCUCUCAAGACUUUCCAACUGACCGAGGGUUUCACGUCCAAGGCCGAGAUUGACCGCAUCCACCACCACUAUGGCGACAACACCUUCGACAUCCCUGUUCCUACCUUCACUGAGCUGUUCCAGGAGCAUGCUGUUGCGCCAUUCUUUGUCUUCCAAAUCUUCUGUGUUGGAUUGUGGAUGCUGGAUGAAUACUGGUACUACUCUCUCUUCACGCUCUUCAUGCUUGUUGCCUUUGAAAGCACUGUUGUUUGGCAGCGCCAGAGAACCUUGGUUGAAUUCCGUGGAAUGAGCAUCAAGCCGUACGACGUUUGGGUCUACCGCGAGCGCAAGUGGCAGGAAAUCACCAGCGACAAGCUUCUGCCCGGUGAUCUCAUGUCAGUGAACCGCACCAAGGAAGACAGUGGUGUUGCCUGCGAUAUUCUUUUGGUUGAAGGCAGUGUGAUUGUCAACGAGGCUAUGCUUUCUGGUGAGAGCACACCUCUUCUCAAGGACUCUGUUCAGCUUCGCCCCGGGGACGAUCUGAUUGAACCCGAGGGACUCGAUAAGCUCUCUUUCGUGCACGGAGGAACCAAGGUUCUCCAGAUUACUCAUCCCAACGCGAACGGUGAAUCAUCUCUGAAGAACCUGGCCAGCACAGUCAGCUUGGCUCCGGACAAUGGUGCAUUGGGUGUGGUCGUCAAGACUGGUUUCGAGACCAGCCAAGGUAGCCUCGUCCGAACCAUGAUUUACUCUACUGAGCGUGUCUCUGCCAACAAUGUUGAGGCUUUGCUGUUCAUCCUCUUCCUUCUGAUUUUCGCAAUUGCCGCUUCCUGGUAUGUUUGGAAAGAGGGUGUGAUCCAGAACCGCAAGCGCUCCAAGCUCUUGCUGGACUGUGUCCUCAUUAUCACAAGUGUCGUGCCACCCGAACUUCCCAUGGAAUUGAGCUUGGCUGUCAACACCAGUCUUGCCGCUUUGAGCAAGUUCGCUAUCUUCUGUACCGAGCCUUUCCGUAUCCCAUUCGCUGGCCGUGUUGACGUCGCUUGCUUCGACAAGACCGGUACUCUGACCGGUGAGGACCUGGUCGUCGACGGUAUUGCCGGGCUUACUCUAGGUGAGGCUGGCUCUAAGGUUGAACCUGAUGGUGCCCACAUUGAGUUGGCCCAGGCCACUGCCGCCGGAGCCAACACCACUCUUGUUCUUGCAAGUGCUCAUGCUAUGGUCAAGCUGGACGAAGGUGAAGUUGUUGGUGACCCCAUGGAAAAGGCUACUCUGGAAUGGCUUGGCUGGACCCUUGGUAAGAACGAUACUCUGUCCUCCAAGGGCAACUCGCCAGUUAUCUCCGGACGAAACGUCGAGAACGUUCAAAUCAAGAGAAGAUUCCAAUUCUCCUCAGCUUUGAAACGCCAGAGCACCAUCGCCACCAUCACUUCAAAUGAUCGCAAGACCUCAAAGAAGACUAAGUCCACCUUCGUGGGUGUGAAGGGUGCCCCUGAGACCAUUCGCACCAUGCUGGUCAACGCUCCUCCCAACUACGAAGAGACUUUCAAGCACUUCACUCGUAACGGUGCUCGUGUCCUUGCACUUGCCUACAAGUUCCUCUCCCCCGAAACCGAGCUCUCACAGAGCCGCGUGAACAACUUCGUCCGCGAAGAGGUCGAGUCUGAACUGAUCUUUGCUGGUUUCCUUGUUCUUCAGUGCCCUCUUAAGGAUGAUGCGAUUAAGUCUGUUCGCAUGCUCAACGAGAGUAGCCACCGUGUUGUCAUGAUCACUGGUGACAACCCAUUGACUGCCGUGCAUGUCGCUCGCAAGGUUGAAAUUGUGGACCGUGAAGUUCUGAUUCUUGACGCCCCGGAGCAUGACAACUCUGGUACCAAGAUCGUCUGGCGCACCAUCGAUGAUAAGCUCAAUGUUGAAGUCGACCCUACCAAGCCCCUCGACCCCGAGAUUCUGAACAGCAAGGAUAUCUGUAUCACAGGAUAUGCUUUGGCUAAGUUCAAGGGCCAGAAGGCACUUCCCGAUCUCCUCCGCCACACCUGGGUCUACGCUCGUGUGUCUCCCAAGCAGAAGGAAGACAUUCUUCUCGGUCUCAAGGAUGCCGGAUACACUACUCUGAUGUGCGGUGAUGGUACCAACGACGUUGGCGCCCUCAAGCAGGCUCACAUUGGUGUUGCGCUUCUGAACGGCUCCCAGGAUGAUCUGACCAAGAUUGCCGAGCACUACCGUACUACUAAGAUGAAGGAGCUGUAUGAAAAGCAGGUCUCUAUGAUGCAGCGAUUCAACCAGCCCUCACCCCCUGUUCCUGUUCAGAUCGCCCAUUUGUAUCCCCAAGGUCCCAGCAACCCUCACUACGAGAAGGCUAUGGAACGCGAGUUGCAACGCAAGGGUGCUGCCAUCACUGCCGGUGCCGAGCCUAUCCCGACUAUCACUUCCCCCGGUGCCCAGGCUCUGCAGCAGCAGAACGCAAACCCUCAGCAACAGCGACAGCAGCAGGCCCAAGCAGCCGCGGCUGGCCUUGCAGAUAAGCUUACCGCCUCCAUGAUGGAACAGGAGCUGGAUGACAGUGAACCCCCCACUAUUAAGUUGGGUGAUGCGUCUGUCGCUGCUCCUUUCACCAGUAAACUGGCCAACGUCAUUGCUAUUCCCAACAUCAUCCGUCAAGGUCGUUGCACCCUCGUUGCGACUAUUCAGAUGUACAAGAUUCUUGCUCUGAACUGCUUGAUCAGUGCCUACAGUUUGAGUGUCAUCUACUUGGAUGGUAUCAAGUUUGGUGAUGGUCAGGUCACUAUCAGCGGUAUGAUGAUGAGUGUUUGCUUCUUGUCUAUCUCUCGCGCCAAGUCUGUUGAGGGUUUGUCCAAGGAGCGCCCGCAGCCCAACAUCUUUAACGUCUACAUCAUCGGAUCCGUUCUUGGACAGUUUGCCAUUCACAUUGUGACUUUGGUCUAUCUUUCUCAAUAUGGCGAAUUCGAACCCUCCCUCCUGAACAGCGCCAUCUACCUUCUCCAGCUUAUCCAGCAAAUCUCCACCUUCUCAAUCAACUACCAGGGCCGUCCCUUCCGCGAGUCCAUUCGUGAGAACAAGGCCAUGUACUGGGGUCUCGUCGCCGCCUCCGGUGUCGCAUUCUCCUGUGCCACCGAGUUCAUCCCCGAGCUGAACGAGAAACUCCGCCUGGUUCCUUUCACCACUGAUUUCAAGAUUACCCUCACUGUGCUCAUGAUCUUCGAUUACGGUGGUUGUUGGCUCAUUGAGAAUGUCCUGAAGCACUUCUUCAGUGACUUCCGUCCCAAGGACAUUGCCGUUCGUCGUCCUGACCAGCUCAAGCGCGAGGCGGAUCGCAAGUUGCAAGAGGAGGUUGAGGCUGAGGCUCAGAAGGAGCAGCAGAGGAAAGUUUAA